CCCAUAUCGAGUACCUCACUAUUCUCGGGUCAAAUCAACCGCAAUCGAGGGCUUUUGAUUAGUUCAAUUCGCCCUACUUAGUACAUAUCGAACGUCCUCGCAUAGCUGCGGCUUUACUGUGAGACCGGCAUCCACCACCGAUAUCGGAACAGGAUUCUGACUGCAAGUACGAAGUAGCAGGUGACUCCGAGCAUUGAUAAACAACUUGAAGUCACUCGAUCAGACUUAUAGCCAUUGUCUGUUCCACAAGCAUCGGAAUUCACCUGACACCGCUCAACAUGACGUUCACAAUCCUCUCGGACAGCGACGUAAAAUCCAUCCUCUCCUCCCUCUCCCAAUCCGACGUCUCGCACGUAGCAGACCUCUUCAUCCAAUCCCUAGUCCAAUACUCCUGCUACAAUGAAGCCCAAUACCAGCCCGAGCGCGCCGUUAUCAAACGAGGGGACCAAAGCAGCGUGUUCAUGCCCGCAACAACGCCCCACCAUAUCGGCGUCAAAAUUGUUGGGAUAUCGCAAGCCAAGCCCCCAUCCCUGAAUGAGAAGCCAAAACCUGGAAUUCAAGCCACCCUGGCGAUCUGCGACACCGAAGGCAAAGCGGUGGGCGUGUUGAAUGCAGCGGAGAUCACAGCGUUCAGGACUGCGCUGGGGAGUAUUCUGUUGUACAGGUUGAGGAAGAGAACAGCGAACAUCGUAGUCUUCGGUGCCGGCGCGCAAGCGCGAUGGCAUAUACGACUCGCCCUGAUUCUGCGGGGGGCAGACAUCGAGAACAUCACGAUCGUGAACCGCAGUAAAGCGCGCGCAGACGAGCUCAUUGCGGGGCUGAAAGAGACCGGUGUGCCGUCACACGUGCAGCUGCAUGUUCGUGAAGAGGGGGAGAGUUUGGAAGAUCUGGUCGUGGAUGCGGAUGUGAUAUUUUGCGGUGUUCCGUCUACGACACCACUUUUCCCGGCCAAGUUCUUGACGGGCGAGAAGGCGAGAGCGAAGACGAGGUACAUUGCUGCAAUCGGGAGCUACCGCCUCGAUAUGCAGGAAAUCGACCCCGAGCUGCUCAAGAGUAUUGCAGAUCCGGCCGGCGUCUUCAAGGAGCAGGUGUGGCAGAGCAAGGUUGUAGUGGACAGUGCCGAAGGCUGCUUGGCUGAGGCGGGUGAGUUAGAUAGGGCAGAAAUUAGGAGGGAGGGUAUGCUGGAGGUGGGCAAGAUCCAGGACUUGAGGUCCAGUGAGAGCCCUGAGGGGUUGGAGCAGUGGCUCGCCGAUGGCUUUGUGGUUUAUAAGAGCGUGGGUUUCGGCAUUAUGGAUAUUGCGAUUGGAAGCAAACUGCUCGAGUUGGCGAAGGAGAAGGGGAGAGGAGUAUAUUUGGAUGACUUCUAGUGCAAGACGUUGUGCUUCCCAACCUAUCUAGUGCAAC